CCCGAUCCCAGCUGCAGCCACAAUAUAACGUCUGUCUUCCUACCUAGGCUAAUCACUCAAAGGCGUCCGCCAUGUCUGCCUCGACCUCAGCCCCAGCCCCCUCCAUCCCACCAACCACUUCCGUCCUCUUCGCGCGCGGCGUCAUCGCCCGCCUCGCCAUCUGGCCCGCGCUGCGACUCGCCGUCGCCGAGAACUGGGGCGGCCCCGCAGGCGCGGAAAAGCGCACCUGGCUUGCGUCCGAGCUCGUCGACGCUUUCGAGCGGGAGCACCCUGCGCCGGACGCGGCCUACGUAGAGGAUAUGCUGCUCCAGGUGAUGGAGGACGAGUUCGAGACCAUGCUCGAGGACGGCAGCGCGGAGGGUGUUGCGAGGGAUGUGGCUGCGAUGUGGGAGACCGUGCAAGCGGGGAACAAGGCACUGGUAGAGAAGUUUGAGGCGCACGCGGAUAGGGUGAAGGGCAAGAAGGUGGAAGUGGAGGAAGUUGCGGGAGAGGAAGAUGAUUGGGAGGACGAAAGCGGGAGUGAGGAUGGCAUUGAGGACGGGGAGGAUGAGGCGCCGAUGCUCGUGGAUCAGCAACCCAAAGCCCACAAGCAGGAGCCAGAGGUGGACGAAGAUGGUUUCACAGUAGUGAAAGGGAAGGGUACAAGGCACGGAUAGAUGGUCUGUUCAUGCCUGCCGAUCAAUCAACUCAAGCGGAAAACAGUGCGCUCAUGGCAUUCAGCUCCCGCGACGAAGGAUACCACGGGAUGCUGUAGACAGAGGAUACUGGGCGUCGAGCCGAGCAAGUCUCCCCAGUAACUCACGCAUGCAGGGGCAAAAUACAGCAUUAAUGGUCUACGUCGUGACGUAAACACAU